AGGCAAAGGAACCCAGUGCCAUCUUGUCCUUCCUCAGCAUUCGCACCCUUGCUUGUCUCUGCUACUCCCAAUCCUCCACUCUGAACUUUACUCGAGGCUCCCAUCUCAUAUAUCUGGUCUACCUUGGCAGCCUUGUCACAAACCUGAUGGCUCUACCCCUUCUGAGCACCUCACUCUGCCUGCAUCAUCUCUCACCUGGGCUACUGAAGCUUUUCCCUAGGGCCACCGCAGCUCUAUGCUGGACCAUUCUCCUUGACCCCAACAGUUGCUACUGCUUUCCCCUCCCUCAGUGGGUGCCUCAGUUCUAAGGGAGUUCCUGUUUCAUUACAGCUAGCAACACAUCUGUGACCCGGAGAAGAAUUCAGGGGCCCGUUCCUGAGAGAGGCAUCUUUGAUUGGAGAAAAGGUUACUGUGGCACUUGGUGAACUUUCACUUUUUACGGUGACGCUCGCACUCGGGGUAAAUCGGCAGGCUCAGUGCUCUCACCACAGAGAGCUGGGGAUCCUGAGCCCAGAAAACCUGACCCUUCCCUGACUCUCUGCAGAACUCCAGCUGCUAUGGAAGCAAUUGUAACAAUGUACCGGGAUUUCAUGAAGGGAACAGACCCCCGCAUAGCUGAGUACCCCCUGAUGCAGUCGCCCUUCCUCAUGAUGGGGAUCCUGCUGGGCUAUGUCUACUUUGUGCUGUCCCUGGGCCCCCGGCUGAUGGCGAACAGGAAGCCCUUUGACCUGAAGAAGUUCAUGGUGGUCUACAACUUCUUCCUGGUGGGCCUCUCACUCUACAUCGUCUAUGAGUUCCUGAUGGCAGGCUGGUUGACGGGAUACACCUGGAGAUGUGACCCUGUUGAUUUUUCCCAGGACCCCAAGGCCCUUCGGAUGGUCCGUGUAGCUUGGCUUUUUGUCUUCUCCAAGUUCAUUGAGCUGAUGGACACGGUGAUCUUCGUCCUGCGCAAGAAGAAUGAGCAGAUCACCUUCCUGCACCUCUUCCACCAUUCUGUCCUGCCUUGGAGCUGGUGGUGGGGGGCUAAGUUUGGCCCAGGGGGAAUGGGUUCCUUCCAUGCCAUGAUCAACUCCAUGGUGCAUGUCGUCAUGUAUUCCUACUAUGGGCUCUCGGCGGCAGGGCCUGCCUUCCAGAAGUACCUGUGGUGGAAGAAGCACAUCACAGCUGUUCAGCUGGCGCAGUUCGUGAUCGUCUCCAUCCACAUCUCCCAAUACUACUUCAUGCCCGGCUGCCAGUACCAGUACCCCAUCUUCAUCCACCUCAUCUGGAUUUAUGGGACCAUCUUCUUCAUCCUCUUCUCCAACUUCUGGUACCACUCCUACACCAAGGGCAAGCGGCUGCCCAAGGGGGCCCAGUACCCAGCCCAGCUCCAGCACAACGGCAUCAGCCUGCACGAGAACAGCGCUGUCACCAACGGCAAAGUCAAAGCCAACUAGAGGGCCAGCCCCUCCCAGAGCCAAUGAGAGCCCCGGGGCAGAGGUGGCUGGGACUGUCCCCCUGCUCCUGGGUGUUACUAGCCAAAUCAAGUGCCUACAGACUGUUGUAUCCCAAGUGCCCGGCCCCGCUCCCUGCUGCCCUGUCUUCAGGCAUGGCCCCUCUGCUCUGGGCAGCUCCUUCCCACCAGGGCGGGGGAGGCUCCUGCUCCCUGCCACGUGAGCAGAGGAGCAGCCACCUGCAUCACCGGCAGAGGGGUUACAGCCCUGCUCCGUUGUCUCCAAAGGAACUUCCCCAUAAGUGCCUGUCUGCCCCUUCUGCCAGGGCCCCCUUCCUGCACCAGGAGGCUGCUCCAUGGUGAGUAGGACCAAACAUGGAGCCCACCCCACCUUUGCCAUGUGUUGGGCCCUGUGUGAAUGAGGGGAGUCACUCUCCAUUUGACUCCAGGUGCUCCCUGUGCCCCUCUGUUCUCAGCACUGCUGCCUAGGAGUGUAAGGCCCUGGGCCUCACUCCCACCUCAAGGACCCUGGGUCCUCCCCAUUCACCAUCUGUCCUUGCCACUUCAUUGCAUUUCAUUGCGCUGCUCCCUCCCAGCUCCAGUACGCAGAGCGAGGGGAUGCUAGGCCCUGCACUGCGAGCACUGGCACUCCAGGACAGCUAGGCUGGGUGCAGGGUCAGGUCCCUCUCUGGUUACUACUUGAAUGUGAGGCUGGGCCUACUGCCCCUGUGCACUAGCUGACCCUUUUCACCCGGUGCCUUGCAUCCACAUGGGCCAUGCUGACACUCGGGAAAAGCCAUUCCCAGAGUGCAUGCUCCCAGCCUGCCUGCACCCUUCUUUCCUGGCUGGCUGUGGGGCGAGUGAGUCCAUUCCGACCAUGGCUCCCUGAGAGCUAGCCUCUUCAGGUUGUGGCUUGGUCCAGCAUCUGAGCAGCUGAGUUUUGUCUCCGUCUGCUUAAUACCUGUAAACUCAAGACUGGAGCAAUAAUCUCCCCUGGAAUUUGCUCCCUUGCUGCCGUGGCAUUUGGCCAGUAGCCACACUGAAGCCCAGCAGCCGUGUGCACAGUGAGAGGAGGUCAGAGCAUGGCCGCAGCCCUCUUCCUCCCCGUGGCCCUGCUGUCCCUUGUGCAGGUUCCCAAGGCAGUGCCCUUUGUGCCUUGUAAGUGUUUCCACUUGGAGGGCAUGGGGGGCUUGUUCUUGCACUUGGGAGUAGUGCAGCAGCUGCUCAGUGAGCAUCUCCCACUCUGGCUGCAGUCAAGCCUUGUUGGUGUGCAUCCUGUGGGGGAAGCAGGGGGCCUUGAGCACCCCUCCCCCCACAUAAACCGGGCUGCUCUUGUGUAUCUCCAGAAAUAAAGACAGAAGGAGAAGCGGCUCUA